AUUUUGUUUUUGUAGAGUACACCUUUGUAAUAGGAACAAGCAUCAUAAAAGAAAUGAUAUACCGUAGAGAUUCAAUGUACGACUGACCAAAAGUCAUAUUUAAUGUUCGACCAACCAAACAAAGUGUGGACAAGAGAAAGAACAUGAAAACCGUAACCUAAUAUCCCAGUUUAAACUGUAUUUAAGACUUUUUUUUUCUUUUUCCAAUUUUUGAGUACCGUCGCUACGUCCCUGGCCUUUCUAAAUCAACUUUGAAUCUAUGGUUACUGACGUAAGUAAAAUGGUUAAUAUGUUGAAAACCUACCCAGAUGCUUUUUACAGAUACAGAUCGCGUAUCUUCAGCAUCUUUUUUUUUUUUGUCACGUUACUUCGGACACUUUUAAAAAAGUACAAAAAUACCCUUUUCAAACCAGGCAAAGCGUAUAUAAAAUUUUAAACUUGUUUCUUUUAUCUUCCUUAUUCCUUACCGCUAUGUCGACAUGUAAAAUCCAUUCAUAAUGUGAACGUACUUUGAAGAGACGAAACGAGAUUUAUUGUCGUUGGAUUUAUUCAAAUAGUAUUCGGUUAGAAAUUUCAACUCGUCUAAAAUAUUAUGGUUUGAUAUUGCAAUGGCAACAAGCUAUCCAUCAGACACUGACAACUGGUUAUUGGCUGCAGUCGGUCUUAAGUAUCUGAAAGAAGGACUUGAGGAAUUUACCGAUCAAAGCCUCAGAAAGCAGCAUGAAGAUUUCCUUAAAGCAUUACCUGCUAAGACCGGACAAUGUAUUCAAUGUAUUCAAUGCACAAUUAAUAAUAUUCUGCCCAGUCACAACACAACAUCAUGUAGAAAAGCAAAAUGUUGGUGUAGAGAUAAAAAGAGACGGCGUUUGUGCCCAGUCGGACAAUGCAGUCAAAUGCAUGACUUAAUUGCUUCCUCACAUCGUACAGGAGAACCAAACUGGUCAAACACAGAUCCACAGAAAUGGCAUGCUAAUCAUAUCAGCAUAGGGGCAUGUUUUAUAAACACGCCAGGUUACAAGCUGAAGAGAUCAAUAACCGAGAUUGACUGUUCGGGAAUCCUGAGCAUCAUGAUAAACAACAAGUUGUUUGACCAGAUACUUGGAGGUGGAAACGCAGCCAAUUGCAGUGACGAUCUUAAAAAGGCCCUAGACGCCAGGAACGAGAUUUUUCAUGAACCAAACCUCCAGCUACUGUCAAGUAAAAUGCAACAUUACAUCAGCUUAUUCAUCAAGAUAUUGAACUUUUCGAAGAUACAAAAUACUCCUGUUGUACAAACAGCACUAGAAAAACUGGCAGAGAUAAAAAGCGGUAACUAUUUGCUUAGUAAAGCUGAGAAAGACGACGUUUUGAAAUAUAAAGAAAGAGCAACUUCAGAAUUGGAAGUCGCUGCAUCGUUCGCUUUGAAGAAAAUUGAUGACACGGAAAAUAGAAUAGACGUUAAAGCUGAACGGGCUAUUGCUUUAGUAGACCAAGUGUCACAACAGUCGUCCCAAAGGAUAAACGUUCAAACAGAUCAGGCUGUUGCUAUGGUAGAGAAAGUAUCAAAACAGUUGUUCCAGCGAACAGACACGCAAACGCAGCAUACUGCCCUGUUGGCACCUUUAUCAGAAUGGUGGCAAAAACGGAACCUUAAGCGUGACCUCAUCACAUACUAUAGACGUGAGUUUAAUACACUGUCUAUAUCACCUUUAUUUCAAAAGAAUGACGCACCAUUGCUGCAACUAUAUGCAACUCCAUCGUUUUACCAUAUAGAAGAAACUUCAGAAUCACAGGACCUAUUAUCAGGAACGUUUGAGAUGAAUACAUACCGUGUUGGUAAGUCAAUGAAAAGGAUAGGAUCAUUGAAAGAGAUAUUCUUUUACAAUCAAAGACUUAACCAUUGUAUUUAUGUAACGGCUGAUGCUGGAUAUGGGAAGACAUCAUUUUCAAAAAAAUUAUUGAUUGACUGGUGCCAAGCACAAGACACUGUAAAAUCAGAUAUGCAGUUUUACCAAGAGAGUGAAGUUGCAAUUAUGAAAUACUUCGAUUACUUGUUUUUCGUUCCGCUCAGAAAAUAUCGUCAUGCUGAAUAUUUAGAUGAUAUGUUACACAGCCAACUGGUUAAUUGCUUACAUCACCGAUAUACCAAAUCAUUUCUUAAAAACACUUUAGAGAAGAAACGUUGUCUUAUCAUUAUUGAUGGCCUCGAUGAGUGGAUGCCCUUAGAAGGCGGGAGUGAAUCUGAAAUUCCUGAAUGGAAGUUUAGAAACACUUGCAGCGUUCUAAUUACAACCAGGCUUUGGAAAUUUAGCACCCUCAGCCCAAAACCUACCGAUAUCCACGUCGAAAUGUCAGGAUUUAAUGUAGCAGACAGCCGUGAGUUGGCGUGUAGAGCAAUAACUUUCUUAAACCAGAAGUAUGGAACUGAUAAAAGUUCAGAUAUAUUCUGUAAUGAACUUGUUGAACACAAUCUACAUGACCUCGCACAGGUACCAUUACUGUUAAUGCAAUGUCUUUGUCUAUGGUUUGACGGUAAAUCACUGGGAAAAUCACACUGUGAAAUCUAUUUCAAUUUGAUAGAAUUUUUGUCCUUAAAGAAUGAAGGUAGACUGAGUCAGUCGGUAACAGAGUCUGCUGAAUUACAAAGCAUUGGCAUUUCUUUACCAAACUGGUUCAGAGAAAAUAGAAAUUGCUGUAGUCAGUUUAAUUAUCUUGUUGCUCUAGGGAAACUGUCGUUUUUCACAUUAUUUAGCACAGAUAGGACACCGUCUUUGGUUUUUGAUAGGACUGUAGCAGGCAUGUACAUCACACCUGAUGAAUUGGCUUUUGCUAAAGAUAUAGGCUUAUUAACGAUUGAAAAAUCUUACGGAAAACAGUCUUCAAGACAAAGCACUAUUUCGUUUAUACAUAAAACAUACCAGGAAGUUCUAGCCGCUCUUUACAUUGCCACCCAGCAAUCUCCAUCAGAUAAAACUUAUAAUACGAUAAAUCAAUUUUGCCAGUCCGUUGAAAACAUUCUUGCAGUGUCGAAUGUUUUCAAAUUUCUAUGUGGCCUGUGUGCAGAAAAGUUUGAGCGCAUUGCUGAAAUGUUUACGCCUGUUUUAACAAAAUACAGCAGACACCUAAUCCCGUCUGAAUUUGACAAUACAUUAUUUAGUUAUCAGAAGAUGAUAAUAAAAUGCUAUGAAGAAGCAUGCUCAUCAGACACACGAAUGGAACAUGAUUUCAAAUUGUUCGAUAUACUCUUAAACGGCAAUAUGUGUGUACAGGAUUUAACAUUUCUCAAACACACUGAUAAGACAGACGUUAUUUCAUUAAACAUGUCUGGUGGAGCAUAUUCUUCUUUCAUGUUUGAAACUGUAACGGACGUUUUACGAAAGUCAGUAGAUCUAAAGCAGCUAGAUUUAAGACCAACCUCACUGCAGCACAAUUUCAAUAUUUUAGACGUUUGCUGUUUCAAACACAUUCAGAGUUUGAGUCUUGCUAAUUUCGAAGUCUCCAACUUAGACUUGUCAUCAUUUUUACAGCUACAAUUCCUACACUUACAUGCACUCGAGUUGUUAAAUCAUUUAAACAUACCACAAUCUCUGUGUUGGUUAGAACUACAGAACCUAACAUGUUUAGAAGGUCUGAAUCUCUCACUAUCGAAAAGUUUGAUCCAGUUACAUUUAAACACACUUUCAAAUAUAACACAACUAGAGUUGUCUGCUUGUACACAACUUCAGUUGGUACAUUUGAGAGAUCUGCAAGAAAUCAAACAACUAGACCUGUCGUCUUGUAAACAGCUUCAGAAGGUACACCUGGAGAAUCUUUGGGGAAUAGAACAGUUAGACCUGUCUUCAUGUGAACAGCUUCAGUAUUUACAUCUUGAGAGUAUUUCGAGAAUAAAUCAGCUAGAUCUCUCUACGUAUAUGCAGCUUCAGAAAUUACAUAUAAAAGGACUUCUGGACCUGAAACAACUUGACAUAUCUGGUUGUACACAUCUACAACAUUUACAUCUUGCUAAUCUUCAGGAAACAAAUAGACUAGACAUGUCUGCGUGUAUAGAGCUCCAGACCUUGCAUUUGGAGGAUCUGAAAAGGGUAGAGAAACUAGAUCUGUCUGCUUGCAGAGAACUUCAGCAGUUACACUUGAAAGGUCUUCGGGAAGUAAAAUCACUAGACUUGAUUGCUUGUGUUGAACUUCAACAUUUACAUCUUGAAGAGCUUUUAGGAAUAGAGCAGUUAGAGCACUCUGCUUGUACAAAGCUUCGUCACUUACAUCUAGAGUAUCUUUGGGUGUUAACAGAAUUUAAACCACUUGGUUUUUCACAUCUUAAGCAGUUAUAUCUCGUGGAUCUUCAGGGAUUUAACAACCUAGACCUUUCUUCUUGUACACGCCUAGAACAUCUUCAACUCACGGGUCUAAAGGAAAUGAAGCAGCUAGACAUUUCAGCUUGUAGACAUUUACAGCUGUUACAUGUGAAGAAUUGCCAGAAAAUAAAUCAACUACAUCUGUCCGCUUGUUCAAAGUUAGUGAACUUACAUAUUAUCAAUCUUAAAAAACUUAAACAACUGAAAUUGUCAGCCUGUACAAAGCUUCAGCAGCUUCAUCUCGAGAAUAUUCAUCGAUUAAAAAACCUAGAUCUGUCUGCUUGUGUGCAUCUCCAGCAGCUAUAUCUGAGUUAUCUUGUGAAAAUGAAACGUUUGGAAAUGUCAGAAUGCACACAGCUUCAAAGCUUACAUUUGGAGUAUCUUUGGAGUAUAAAACAAUUAGACCUGUCAUCUUGUCAGCGGAUUCAUAAGUUAAACAUGAAGGGCCUGCAGGACAUGAAGCUUUUAGACAUGUCUGUUUAUACACGGCUUCAGCAGUUACAUCUCGAGGAUCUCAAAGGGAUAAAGCUUUUCGAUCUGUCUAUGUGCACACAAAUUCAGCAGCUACAUCUGAAAGAUCUUCAGGGAAUAAAACAACUUGACCUUUCAGCUUGUACACAGCGUCGUCAUUUGUGUAUGAAGGGACUUCAGGAAACAAAACUACUAGACCUAUCAGCGUGUACACGGAUUCAACAGUUACAUCUCGAGAAUAUUAAGGAAAUAAAGAAAUUAGACCUGACUUGUUGUGCACCGUUAUAUCGGGUAUAUCUCGGGAAUCUCCAGGGAUUAAAUCAACUAGACAUAUCAGGCAAUACACAGCUACAGUUUCUGCGUCUCGAAAAUCUCCAAAGAUUAGAAAAACUAGACCUGUCAGCUUGUACUCAUUUGCAGAAUCUACAUUUAGAUUUUCUACCGGAAAUAAAACAUAUAGACCUGUCGGCUCGUACACAUCUUCAGCAGUUCAGUGUGAAGGGUCUUACUGGAAUAGAGAGAUUAAACAUGUCUGCAUGUAUACAGCUUCAGCAGUUACAUAUGAAUGAUCUUCAGAAUAUGACUGAACUAGAUGUGUCUGCUUGCACAGAGCUUCAGACGAUACACAUGGAAGAUCUAAAGGAAAUAGAGCGACUAGAUUUGUCUGCGUGUACACAGCUUCACCAGUUACAUCUGGGGUAUCAUUUACGGUUAAAUCAGCCAUACAUUCCUGAUUAUAUACAAUGUCAGCAGUCAAAUCUUAGCACAUUAAGACAACUAGACCUGUCUGCUUGUGCACAGCUACAGCAGUUACAUCUUUAUAGCAUUCGGGAAAUGCAAUUUCUAGACCUUUCUGCUUGUAAACAUCUUAAGCAGCUACGCCUAGAUCUUCUUUUGGGAAUAAAAACACUAGACCUGUCAGAUUGUAGACAUCUUCAGCAGUUAUGUCUGAAAGAUGUUUGCAAACUAGCGCUACUUGACCUGUCUGCAUGUAUACAACUUCAGCGUCUACAUCUAGAAAAUGUUCAUGAAAUUCAACAACUCGAUCUUUCAGCUUGUACAGUGAUAACAAAUCUACACUUGGAAAGUCUCCUUAAGUUAGAACAGUUGAACUUAAGUUCCUGUACAGAACUUCAGGAGGUUUAUUUUUCAAAUAUACCGAUUCCCGCACCAGACCUAUUGCACUGCCCCUCGGUAACUGAUGGAGAUGAGCUGUAAAAUAUUAAUCUAUUCAAAUAACAUUAGGCAAUACAUAAAGUGUAUGGUAAAAUGUUUAAACGGCCUUUGUAAUAAAUCUUUGCAUGACAAGCUAUAAAAGGAGGAUUUCAAAUUUUGCGUAUUUUAAUCAAAAUCAAUAAUGCUUUACGAGGAAAUAUUGAAAACUUUAAGUUUAGCACCCUCACACUAUAAGGCAGUGCAAGUUUAAGCAAAAAUAUAUUAUAAAAUAGCUUUAAAUGACCUCAGUGAACAAAAUGGAACAGAAAUAAGAACAACGCUUAAUAAAAUCUGAAAAGAGGAUCCCUAAGAAACACCGAGAACAAGGCAAACAGGGAAAAUUGAAGACUCAGGUUGAUUGAGUCUGUUCAUAAGCAGUUAUGGAAAAUGCAACUCUGCCCACGCCCACCAAAACCCGGGCUGGAAUAUAUAAUGGUACAAUCAACGGGGGCCGAAUCACUCAAGUUCAAACUACCCUUUUUAAUGGCCGUUUGUGGCUUUUAUUUUAGUCCAAAUGGCAAUACACUCUUUUGAAACAAAAGCAUUUCCUAUUCAUAUAUUUGAUCAAGCAUAAACAAAACACAGAAUUUCAAUUUUGCCUAGCAUUACGGGUUUUGAAACCUGACAGUUCGUAUUGAUUUGUGAAAUAAAAGACGUAUUUUUGUAAAAUUACUAUAGAUACUAGUAUAUAACAAACAUUUUCUCAUAACGAUUGAGAAUAGAAUUUAUUAUGUUUGUUUUAUAGAGACUAAUUGACAUAUAAUAAAUAAAAUGAUAAAUGCAAAUCGCUAUUCAUUACGAAGUUGUACAUGUUUCAACUGCAUGCCAUUCGUGCAACAGGACAUAUCUCAGUUAUGUCUCAGAUAUUUUAAAAUUUAUCUGUUAUCAGCCUAUUUCUAAAUCGUGUUUGACACACCACAGGAAUCGCAUCUGCUUUCUAUUAGAGCAAUGAAACUCAUAUAAUCAAUGUAUGAAAUCUUCUAAAAAGUGGUAUAUCUGUUUUAAUAUGUAUGUAUAUACUUAUCAAAAUAGCUGACACGGAACUUAUCCUUUUGCUUAUAUCUUACAAAGUAUUGAACAUACUUUUUGAUAGCUUAUAACUACUAUUGGACUUUUUUAUUCUCUUCAAUAAUAUUCUAUACCAUUAUUUUAAAAUACUUCUAAUAUAUCUUCCAAGAUGUCAACUUUGCCCAGAUUAAUGUUUUCAACGUAAGUUUUCAGUUACUUUAAUUAAACUGGUAUAUGUUUUUUUUUAUUUUGAAUUUUACUCUAGUUGCACCUGAAUUUCUGUGGCUGUGUUUGUGGUGCUCUGCUCUGUGCUUCCGGGAAAUCUACCCUUACCUUUUAUCUUUUGAUAUAUCUUUUACUCAUUUUUACCAUAUGUUUUAUUUUCAUAAUUUAUAAUAUUUAAUCCAUUAAGCUAUGAUAUUGUAAUUUUUAAUGUCUUUCAUUCAAAUGUGAUAUUUUGAGAUUAUUUCUUACUUCAAAUUAUAUCUAUGAUAGUAAUUUAUUAAAGCUAAAUUUCAAUUUAUUAAAAGUCUUUCAAAAUGUGCUACUUGAAGUUCAAUACUUCAGUAAUUCCGAUUUUUGUUUUCUUCCUAUGUCAUACAAUAUUAUAUAUUAAGGACAACUAUUGAGCUUAUGUUUACCCAUUUUGUGUUAUCCUUGGCAUAUAAUGUUUUGUGACUUGGCAGAUUUCAAUUUAAAUUCAUACAGGUUUGUUUAUUGUUUAUUGCAUGUAUAUGACAAGUUGCUAUGUUAAAUUGAUACAUUAUAUGUUGAAAUAGUCAAUCAAUUUGUUAUUAAAAUGUUUAAAUCACAUAAUGGCCUCGUUUCAGAUUUUAAAAUCUGACAGGUAACGACAUUUUACUCGUCUUGUUUUCGUUGUCAUUUGUAUAAAAUUUAGUGUUUAGUGUAUUAUUUUAACAUUUCAAAAACGGGUUGAAAUCGUGGAUUUGGUUAGUAUAUACAUGGGUCGAGGUUACUGAAGUUUUUAUAUUUUGGUAGCAAUAUAUCCUUUUUGAUGUAUGCUAAGUUUGAAAAAUGUAGUUGUUAUUAAGAUAUGAGCACAAUAACAAUUGGCGGCUUAUGUGUUUUGUCGAGGCUACUGAAGUUUUAUAUUUUGGUAACAACAUAUCCUUUUUGAUGUACGCUAAGUCUGAAAAUGUAGUUGUUAUUAAGAUAUUAGCACAACAACAAGUGGCGGGUUAGGUGUUUUGUUCAGUCAAGUUUUGUUAAGAUUUGCAAACGUUAUUAAUUGUUGAGAAUGUUCGGCAUAAAUAUUAGCGGUAAGACAAGUAUUGUACGCUUUGUAAUUUGAUAUCACGAGGACUCAACAUAUACAUUUAUCUUGGUAUAGUUUUAAUUAAUUUAUCGUUUAGAAGGUAACGUAUAUCGCAUUUAGGGCUACUUAUAAGUCAUGUACGUCUUGUUAAAACUGCUUUUUGUAUGUUAAGAUAUUUUACUGAGUAUAAUAACUAUAACUACUGUAUUAUAGUUAGCUAUGUGUCAAAUCGAAUUGUUGUGCAAAACUUUGUCAAGAUACCAACUGAAAAAUGUACUUGAUUGGUCUUAUUCAACAUUGUAUAAAUAAAUUCCAUAGCGCAUCUAAUAGAGAACGAAAUAAAGUUAGAACUUUUUGUAAUUGUUGCAGAAAAAUAUUUCAAAUUGAUAAUGCCUUUGCAACACAGGUCAAUAUUUUGUAAGUUUCACUGUAGUGUUUCGCAUAAUAGGUUAGGAACAAACCGGUACGAAAUUUUAAGUUAAGAGAGUAGAAAGUGUCCUUAUUGUUUUGACAUAAACAGAGAUAUGUGUUUUCUAAAUGGCAGCUUGCAACGAUAUUUUGAAAAAACACUUUGGUAAGCUGAUGGAUUUGUUAAAAUUAUUAACAAUUAAUCAUUAACACUUUUUUCUGUAUUAAGUGAGUUUCUUGAUAAAUGUUUUUCACUGGAAAUAUUUCUACAAUUUGAUGUUCCUUUUCUGGUUGCCCAACAAAAGAAGCGUAUCUAAACUUAAACAUAAAUCUAAUAUUCUUUGCCUAAGGAAAUGACUUGAUACAUGUAUAAAAACCAUUGUAUAAAAAGUGUCAUAGAUUUUCACCAUUGAGUUUAUUGCACCGAAAUCCAUUAGAAAUGCAUGUUUGUAGAAUUAUUUAUGACCAUGUUUUUCCUAUCUGGGUUGUUGCAACCAAGAUAGAUUGAAAAUAGACGAGUGUCGAACCUACAGGCUGUAUCAAAACUAGCAUUUUGUUUCAGAGACUUGAAAUAUCCCAAUAUCUCUCGAAUGUAAAAAUAAAACUAGAAAUUAUAUUGAAAUGAAACGAAAUAGUCUUUUAUAGUAAAGGGAGGUUAUUACAAAAUGUCAUAAAAUAAUAAAACACAGUUCUUAUAUUUUUACAUUUACUGUUUUAUGGGCUGAUUGUAAUAUUGCAUUAAUUCAAAUCUUUAACUAGCAACUGUGUCUUUGUAUCAUAGUUAAUGUGUGAAAGUAUGUGUAAAGUAAGUAUAUAAAUUUAUAAUCAGUCUCAUUUCUCCUAUUAUACAUUGGCAUUAUUUAUGAUAUGUUAACAUUUUAUGACACGUUUUGUAAAUGAAUGCUGAUAGAAAUACAGAAUGAAUAUGAAGAUAUCUAUCACAUUACAUUUUCACCAACCAUCUCAUUGCCUGGCUGUUCAGUAUUUGUAUACCGGAACUAUAUCUGGGAGACGUGAUUCGUGUUCACUUCAGAUGUAUUUGUGGUGAAGAUGUCCGUGCCCAUCUUUCAGUUGUUUUAAAGUAUUUUACCAUUAGAUAUUUCUUUCAAGUGUCAACGAAUUUCACUUUAUCAAAUAUCGAAAAUAAUUAUUGUGUAUUCAUUACUACAGGUCAUAAAGAAAUAGUCAUUUGUUAAAAAAAAACUUCCAGCGUUUUAGCGGUAAUACAUUAUGAUAAUUUACCCUUGUUAAACUAUACAUUUAUUAAGUGUGCACUGUAUAAAACUAAUGCACAGUGCCGUUUGUACGCGUAAGUCUUUUCAUUUUAUGUUGCUAUAAACUUAAAGUAGUACAUUUGUAUAAAACUUUAACAUAUAAAAUUUGGGUCUAGAACAUUUUUAGAUUUCCUGCUGCAUUUGUUUGUAAAUCCUCUUUACUUGUUCUGGUAUUGAAUUAUUUCGUUUGUUUUGUUUUCAAUGAACAAGAGGGAGAAGAACGACAUAUAUAUCCUUCGUUGAAACAAAUACAGACAUUCUGUAUGCAAAAUCUGUAGCCUUACAUAAAUAGGAUCAGAAGAAAAACAAUAGUUUAGUUUAAAAUAUGUGGCUAAAUAUUUUAAUUUAAAGGCUUUUCACUUUUUGUGUUAAUGUUGAAAUAAAAGCUGAAACAUUUUUUUUUACCUGUCUCAUACUUUUAAGGUAUAUCAGAUCCAAAUUUCAUAAACAAUUACUUCAUAUAUUUUAUGUCAACAUAAAAAUAACAAGUUUAGCGUUAACAGUACAAUGCAUUAGAUUUAAAAUAGUAUACACAUUGUAUACAUGAAUAAAUAAAACAGUAUAAAUGUGUACUACCACUAAAACUCCCGGCUGUUGUUUUAACACUCAACUGUUACUAUAUGACAUUUAAAACCCCAAAAGGCUUCACAUUAUAUAUUAAAAACAGAUGGUACAUCUGUCCAUAUAGAUGAUGUGCAUACUUACAUGGUUAGACUAGAACUACUUGAAAUACUGUACAUGAACUUAUACAGUUAGUGCUGUAAAGGGAGGAAAUCAAAAACAAUGUAUUCAAUAAAACUUUCUACUAUGUUAAUCAAAAUUCAACCCUUUGACAAAUAUUCGAGAAAACAUUUGUUGAAAAUAGGAUUUUACAAGAAAUAAAUACAUCUUAUGUUCAUAAUAAAAAAAAAAUAAGGCUGGCAAAUUAUAAACAAAGGCAUUAUGAGUUUAUAUGAUAUGAUUAUGACUGUACCUCUGUAUGCAAAUUUAAUAUUAUAUAUAUUUAGUAGAGUUAAAUACAUUUGAUGAUCAUUUUAUACAUUUGAAAUAAAAAGCUAAAGAUAACACAUUUUAGCGUAAGAUUGCCAUUGUAACUAUUAGUACAUUUUAUAUUGAUUAUGCUGAUUUUGAUGAUGUUGAUUGAUGUAAAUAAUGAGGAUGAUAAAGAUAGAUACAUGUUGUGUAAUUUUAUGAGUCAUUUACAAUUUAUGUAUUGUUAUUAAAUCAUCUAUUGAUAUAUUCCAAGAGUUUGGCCUUUGUUUUGUCAAUGAUGUAAUUGUAUGAUAGUUUGUAGACGACUGGCUCAAGAUGUUAGAUGGUAGGGACUUGACUUUAGUCAAACAUGAAUAUCGGACUAUUUUUAACAAAAUCAUAAAAUAGGUGUCUUUUAUUCUUGAUAUUAUAUAAUUGAUCCAUUCGUAGAGGAAACUUGUAUAAGUGACGUGAUAUAGUUAUUAUUUCAUCAUAAAUUGUAUUAAAUACUUCAAAACCA